CAAUUCCCCUCCUCAUUUCUUUGCCCUUCCGUUAAAUCCAGGAAAACCUGCUAGUCCAGAGCAGCGGCACGGGCUUGAGCAAGAGCGCGAAAACGGAUGGCUUGGUUGCCCCUGAGAGGAGCGAAAGUCGACUUUUUCUCGCGUUUUUUUGCUGGCUUCUCCUUCUCCAUUUGCGUGGAAGGAGAUGUCUUUUGUGUCCGUGUAGAGUUCGUUCAAGCGAGAAACCGGAGUCAAAGCAGGAAGGGAAAAGUCGCAUGCAGCAAAAAUCGACGGAAAACGUUUUUUUCGAAGUGUUUCACGCCUUUGUCUCCCUUUCGUCUGCCCCUUCAGAACAGAUUUUCUUGCCUGUUUUUCCUCCGUCCCCGUCUGUCUUUUCUGUCCCUCCAAUUUCUUCGGCAGAGGGCGAGGCCCGAGUGACAUCGCAUGGAGAGACGAGACACGGCAACGCUUCAGAGUGUGCUCUUUUCUUUAUUUUUUUCUCCUUCGUCAACUCCUAACUCUCUUUCUUGCUCUUUUUUGCCACUCUUACUCCUUUUCAAACCUCCUGGCGAAGCUGCUCUUCCCCCGCGAGUCUCCCUCUGUCAUCUGGUCCUUCUGUACCGAGUGUAAAAGAACUUUGAAUCACUUCGGCCUUUUUUCGACACACCGAUCUCUUGCCCGUCGUCUCUCUUUCCUUCUCUUCUUGUUCAAGUGGUUUCUAUCGCGCUAGGGUCCGCCGUUCUUUCUCUUCGUCUCCGAUUCUCCCAUCUCCCGUCACCUCUGCGGCUUGAGAACCUGUCCUGGCCCAGUUCCCCGUUGAAGUCGUGAAUGCAUGAACAGACUUCCACGGACCGCGUGAGAGACACAGGACUCUUCUCUGGACUUCCAAAACGCUGUUCGCCUCCACAUGCCUACCACUUGGCGUCUCCGCCGCGUUGCUCGCUUUCGGGCGCACGUAGGCUGCGCCUGGGGCGCGGCCUGGCGCCCGGACGGGGGUCUCCUCGCCACUUGCGGCUCCGACAGGCGCAUUUGUCUUUGGGCUCCAGACCAGCUCUCUGCGGCGCCCGAUGCCGGCGGAAGCCUGGCGGGGGGCAGAGCAGAGUUGGCCGACGCCGCUCCUCGCGGAACCGCCUCUUCAGCUCCGACAAACAACCCAGAAGGCAACGCAGCCAGGCAGCCAGAAAAUCAUGUAAAAGGAGGCCCAGACAGAGACCAGGCACCCCGAGAACGGCGAGAGGAACACCCUACAGACGGUGGAAAUCCGACGAAAGGGGAUGGCCCACACAAGGAGAAUCGAGGGGAAACACAAGGAACGCGAGAGCGAGGAAACCGCAUGUCGCGCUCCGGUGGCGCAGAGAAGACUCCUGGAGAGAACGGGAGACUGCGCAAAUCCGAGUAUCCUUCGUGGACGCUGAUUAGCGUGAUUGACGCGUCGGCGACCCACACACGCACAGUCAGAAGUGUCUCCUUUUCCCCAGACGGCUUCUGGCUCGCGGCAGCCUCUUUCGAUGCAACUGUCUCCGUUUGGUGCUCCCAUGUAGCCGGCGUCUCUCGAACGCCUUCUCGCUUUACGCAAGUUCAAGUCCUCGAAGGCCCUGAACACGAGGUCAAAUGCGUCGCGUGGAGCCGAACGGGGCGGUACCUUGCCACUUGCAGUCGAGAUAAAACGGUCUGGAUUUUCGAGAGCAGCGCGGAAGACCGAGAAGAGGUCGAGGCGUUUGCGGCUUCGCUGCGUCAAGGCCAGAGAACGCGAGGCUCUCGGCGACUCCAGCGGUCUCUCGGAGACGCUGCAGACGGAAGCAGUUGGCCCGCGGAAACACUUGAAGAAGAUGGCCGUUGGGAUGCGGCGCAGAACGAGCGCGAUUUGUUUCUCGAAGAAAGACGCAGAGACUGGCCGCCGCCCUACGAGCUCGACGUCAACAUGGGAGACGACGGUUGCUUCUUCGUCGCUGCCGUUCUCAGUGGACAUGCCCAGGACGUGAAAGCCGUGAGGUGGCAUCCGCGAGAAGAUCUUUGCAUUUCUGCUUCCUACGACGAUACCUUUCGCGUCUGGGGUCUCCAAGGUGGAGCUGGCGCUGAGUGGGGCCUCCUGCAAGUCGUGAAGGCUCACAGCUCAACGGUGUUGUCGCUCGCGUUCGACCGCCUCGGCAGUCGCCUCGCCACCUGCUCCGACGACCGCCAUCUGAAAAUCUGGACUUGCCUCAACCCGCAGCUCGCGCAUGCAACCGGAGGUAGCUCUGCUGCUACGUCUCCUCGCUCGUUGCUCGCGUCUGCUUCGGCGCCCCGUUCUCGGAUGCUUUCUGAAGAGCUCACGGACCAGGCCGCUUGGGGACCUCUGCUGCCGCUUGGUGAAACGCAUGCGGAGAAACGCGAAGAGGGAGAAGAACUCGAGAGCGGGUCCAAAGCUUCUUGGACGUCGAGUUUUCCGACGAGCACCACGGCGACUUCGGGAAGUGUGCUCUCCUCAAGGAUUUUGCCUCCAUGGUAUGUCACGAGUAUCUUUCGCGGGGCGACCCUCGGCGAUGUGGUUGUCUCGCCUAGUCCAGCGGGUCCAGCAGACACGGAAACAGGGCCGGAAGAGACACAUGGAGACAACGGAGACAUCGGAGACACCCACGCAGAGACCGCGGACAGGGGCCGAGCCCAAGGCUCCGGAGAGGUCCGCGGAGACGCAGCAGAAAGACGAAGCAACGAUCGAUGUCGACGCGAGAGGGAAGGAAAACGAGAUGAGAGGCAAUCUGAAAGCCGUGAAGCUGAGUCCUUUGGGGCUUCCGAGAAAGAGGAAAGAACCCCACAAGCAGCGCGCAGAGAAGAAGCGGAGAAGAGUGGUUUCGUUGACAGCAGAGGAGGGGAGGGAGAAGAGGGGACUGAUUUGAGUGAAUCGGAAUCUGACAAGGAGCGAAACGACAAAGAAGAAAUACGACAACAACAACCAGAUAAAUGGAGACCUGAAGCUGCGCUCUUGUCGGACAUCCACACGAGACCCGUCUACUUUGUUGACUGGCAUGCGACACUCGAUAUCAUCGUUACGGCAUGUGGAGACAAUGCUCUGCGAUUCUUCUCCGCCGAAGAAGACGAGGAAGGCGCCCGUUCCUGGGGGUUGCUUCUUUCCAAGCCUGACGCGCACUACAGCGAUAUCAAUUGCGCUGUUUGGAAUCCUGUGACUCCUGCAUGCAGUCGUCGAUCCGAAGUGCUCCUCGGGAACGCGAACGCGCACAAGACCGCAGCUCUGCUGGCGUCGGUCGAUGACGACGGGAAGAUGGCCAUAUGGAGUCUAGAGAGACGCUGAUGAGCUUUGUUGUUUUCCAAGAAACAGAAAGCCAUAGAGAAGGAGAGAGUCAGCAAGCGAUAAAUAACGGGGGAAACAGGCAGCAUUAAAGCACGGGAGCGAGAGAAAGGUACACCCAACGGGAGAAGCAGAAAGAAGUAAAGACCAUAGCACUAGGGGCUCGUCAAACAGGAUAUCGUCUGUUCACCACGGUGUCGGUGUUCGUGUUUGUAGCCACUGCCCUUGCAGAGGACGGGGCAUGUGCGCAUGUAUCAACCAUAGAAUUCCCACGGUGACUUUAUGCGGUGAAGGCCAUUAAAGUAAGCAGUUGAAUGAUCCAUUCACAAAGUAGUCGAACGAAAACUUACUGGAAAAGGUCAAACUGAAGAGCACAAACAAAGGCAACUUCGGCCGUUCCGUUUUCCCUGUCGUAGUAUUGUCGCG